AUGGAGAGGAGGGAAAAGCACGGCCUCCCUCCCGCGCCAGCAAUCGCCCCUGGCCGUGCCAAGUCAACAGACACCAAGGCCCGAGCACACUGGACACCGCAGACCACAACAGGAAGUUCUACUGAGGGAGGGGAAGCGAAAGGCACACGGUUGGAACUGACCGGACAACAGAAACAAAGACUUCUGCGCAUGGGGCAAGUCGAAAUUGCGAAUAGAGCUGAUAGGCGAGAUUGUCGAUCGCUUCGUCAGAUCCUGAGUGAAAACCCUCCUCACUGCCUCGACUCGUCGAAUACUGAAGGAGACCCGCCAUGUUGUGUAUUUGAAAUUAACGAGAUGGUGAACGAGCAACCGUCUGUGGCGGCGGCCGCGAGUGAUCUGCAAAAGAAACGAAGUGAAUCAGAAGCAGGAAAGGGGCAGGAACAACGUCGUCAGCAGAGGGCAUUUGGAUUGCAACAACACGACACGAAGGAGAGAAGCGGGGACGAACGCACGAGAGAGGGGCAGUUGGGCAAUUCGAAGAGUCAAGCGAUAUUCGCUCUGCAAAUGCCAGACGGGGUAGGACGGGGCGAUUGUCGGCGCCACUAUGCGAGGUUAUCAAAUAAGGAGCCAUCUGCUGGUCAUCCAUCGCUAAGACCAGCUCACAAAACACCUGGACCACGACAAACAGAUGGUAUCGAGAGAGCACGUGCCGUGGUAAGCGCCGAGUUCACCCCUUAUUUUGCUGGCCGAGUGUUCGUGCAGUAG